CACACACACCUGCUUUAAAGAACCCUAAUUUUCAAAUUUCGAACUUGCGCUCUCUUCUCCACCUUCACUUGAAUCUCAUUGUCGUUAUCCCAGAUCCUCUCCACCUCUCUCUCUUUUAGGAUUCUUCGAGAUGGGAGCAGCUCACAGUCACGAAGAUCUAGAGAUCUGUGAAUCAGACGAAGAGGAAUACGAAGAGUACGAAGAACGAAGAGAAGAAGAAGAAGAAGAGUUCGUCGACUCCAGGGACGAUACGUUUGUCCCAUCCUCCUCUCGUCUCCGUCCUAAACCUUCUUCAUCAUCGCUAGACGACGUCGAAUCAAAGCUCAGAGCUUUGAAGCUCAAAUACCCAUCAACCCAACAACAAGCACCUCCUCCGUCUACCCAAACCUCAACUAAGCUUUUCCGCUACAUCAACGGAAACACUCCCAAAGCCAAAUGGGUCACAGCCGAGAAGCUCACCUCUUACUCCUUCGUCAAGACCUCCCAAGGAGACGACGACGACGACGACGACGAUAGGAAUCGAGACUCGGAGAAGGAAUGGUGGGUUCUGAAAGUCGGGAGGAGCAAGAUCCGCGAAAAGGUCUCCGACGAGAUGCAAUUGAAGGCGUAUAAAGACCAACGCCGAGUCGAUUUCGUCGCUAAAGGAGUCUGGGCGUUGAGAUUCGGCACCGUCGAAGACUUCGCAGCCUUUGUAAGCAGCUACAACAACUGCUUGUUUGAGAACAAUCACGGCGUUGAGUUGAACGAAGCGAGUAAAGCUAAGAUCUUUGGGAAAGAUUUCAUCGCUUGGGCCAACCCCGAAGCUGCUGAUGACUCCAUGUGGGAAGACGCUGAUGAUCUACUGCUUAAUAGUCCGCAGUCCGCUACUCCGGUGAGAGAUACGCAAGAUCUGACGGAAGCUUUUGAGGAAGCUACGAGUGAGGGGAUACACAGCUUAGCUCUAGGUGCGUUGGAUAAUAGCUUCCUUGUGGGGGGCUCUGGUAUUCAGGUGUUCAAGAACAUGAGGCAAGGGAUUCAAGGGAAAGGUGUUUGUGUUAACUUUGAGCCUGGUUACGGUGGGGCUCACUCUGCCCCGAGGAAGGCUCUUCUCAUGAGAGCUGAGACUAAUAUGUUGUUAAUGAGUCCCAUGAGUCAGAACCGAGGGAUACAUCAGCUUGAUAUUGAAACCGGGAAGGUUAUCUCUGAGUGGAAGUUUGAGAAAGAUGGAGUUGAUAUCUCCAUGAGUGACAUUACCAACGAUGGUAAAGGUGCUCAAUUGGACCCGUCUGCGUCAACCUUUCUUGGUUUGGAUAACAACAGGCUUUGCAGGUGGGAUAUGCGUGACCGGUAUGGGAUGGUUCAGGAUCUCGCUACUGCGAAUGCUCCGGUGUUGAGUUGGGCUCAGGGGCAUCAGUUUUCUAGAGGGACUAACUUCCAGUGCUUUGCGACUACUGGUGAUGGCUCGAUUGUUGUUGGCUCUCUUGAUGGGAAGAUCAGGCUCUACUCUAGCAACACUAUGAGGCAGGCGAAGACGGCUUUCCCUGGACUUGGUGCGCCUGUGACUCAUGUGGACGCUACUUACGAUGGGAAGUGGAUUGUUGGUACGACUGAUACGUAUCUGAUUGUUAUCUGUACCCUUUUCACUGAUAAGGCUGGCAAAACAAAGACUGGGUUUGAGGGUCGCAUGGGGAAUAAGAUUGCUGCACCAAGGUUGCUGAAGCUGAGACCUCUAGACGCCCAUUUAGCUGGAUCUAACAAUAAGUUCCGCAAUGCUCAGUUUUCAUGGGUCACGGAGGAUGGGAAACAAGAGCGUCAUGUGGUGGCAACGGUUGGCAAAUUCAGUGUGAUAUGGAACUUUCAACAAGUGAAGAAUGGAUCUCAUGAAUGCUACCAUGAGCAGGAAGGGCUGAAGAAAUGCUACUGCUACAAGAUAGUCCUUCGGAAUGAAUCUAUUGUGGACAGCCGCUUCAUGAACGACAACUUUGCAGUCUCUGGCUCACCCGAAGCGCCUCUGGUCAUUGCAACUCCCAUGAAAGUCAGCUCUUUCAGCUUAUCCAGCAAGCGAUGAAGCAAGCAAGGGAUUGACCAUUUUUAGUUUAUAUAAUUCGGAUCCUAGUCUGUUUGUAACCAUGUGAAAUUCCAAUGUUCUGGCUCUUAGUACGGUGUUAGAUUUCGGGAAAAGACAUCUAGGGAUGUUGCUAAACUACUUUUGUGUGACUUUUAAGUUUUAAGUUUGUCAUAUUUCCUUCAAAGCA